AAUGUAAAAGAUCAGGGGACACGUUUACAGACGCGCCUACUUCAGCGCUUCCGGUUCGCUGUGUUGGCGUCUGUCAAACGGGUGAAACAAGUUUAGAUUUUUAGCCAUACAGCUGUCUUCGGACAUGUCUCAUGCAUUGAGGACACUUGCCACUGGAGUGUUUAGCGUGCAGAGAUCUGCGAGCGUCCUGUCGCUCUUGCGUCCCGCGAGCGCCGUGAAGAUCCGAGGACAACAGCGCAGCCGCAGCGAUGGAGUGAAGGACAGCCAGAGUCAGCCGUUUGAUGAGUCUCUGCUCGAGUUUCUUGUGUGUCCACUGUCCAAAAAACCACUGAGGUACGACGAAAGGAGCAACGAAUUAAUAAACGAAGAGCUUGGUAUUGCGUAUCCAGUCAUUGAUGUGACUGUUCUUGUGCCGCUGAUAUCCUUGUCUGGACUGUUUUACUCGGCAACCGUGGAUGAAAAUUUCCCUCAAGGCUGUACGAGUGCAAGCAGCGUGUGUUUUUACAGCCUGCUGCUGCCAGUUACAAUUCCUGUUUAUGUUUUCUUUCACCUUUGGAAAUGGAUGGGAAUCAAGCUGUUUAGACACAAUUAAAACUGUAAAACCGUGAGACAAUUUUAAUUGUAGGAAUUUUUGUGAACAAUGCUUGCUUGUAAACAAACAGUGAACAUUCAUAUUUAAGAACACUGAAUAAACAUUGAAGCAAACGAUGUAAAAUACAGAAUAAAACUGCAAAUAACAAAGCUA